AGUGUCCCAUGCACCUGAGCGCCGCCCUCACCCUGCCCCCUGGAGGAGGAGGAGAACUCGGGGCUAUUCUAUUGUGUGGCUGAUAGAGCCGUGUAGAAGUAGGGAUGUGAUGGAUGGGAAGUUUGGGGACAUUCGGUAGCAGCUCAGCAGCUGUCAGGUGUUAGUUUCAGGUGUUAGUGUCAGGUAUUGGUGCAUUUGGGAGAUUAUUGCAGGGAGAGUAAAGAGCGGGAAGUCGGCCAGUGUUUAUGCACCUAGUCCUCAGCACUGAGCAGGGGGGCUGCGAGUUGGAAGAGUCUGGGAAGGAGCCAGUUUAGAUCUCCGCGGGGAAGAUGGAGGGAGAGCGGCCACGGUCAGAUACGGUGACUACCACAGUCAGUUCCCACAUGGAGACAAUCUCAUUGGGAGGCAGUAUUGCGUACGACAGAAGUUUCCUCAGAAGUCCCACUGGAGUCCUCCUGCUCAUGGAAAUAAUGUUUGGCCUGCUGGUAUGGGCGCUUAUUGCAGGCUCAGAAUAUUUCCUCGUCUCUGCAUUCGGUUGGGUGAUGUUUGUAGCUGUGUUUUACUGGGUCCUCUCAGUCUUCUUUUUUCUCCUUCAUCUUACAAGAGCAAAUACAAGGAUCACAAAAGUGCCCUGGAGUUUGGUGGGGCUGUGCUUCAAUGGAAGUGCCUUUGUUUUAUAUCUCAUCGCUGCUGUAGUAGAAGCCAGUUCAGUUAACAAAGAUGUUCACCAGCACCAUAACUACAACAGUUGGACGGCGUCUUCUUUUUUCGCCUUCAUAGUCACAGUCUGCUAUGCAUUAAGUACAUAUUUUAGCUUUCAGGCUUGGAGAACAAAGAGUUAAUGUGACAUGAACAACAUGGUCUAUUCCAUCCAGCUGGUGCAAACUGCACUUUACUAUCAUUUCCUGUUUUACCAUCACUCUGCUUCCCUUUACCUGUUCUGAGUGGAGGAAUUGGUCUAUUGCUUUAAUCAAAAUCUAUAUGGUACCACAAAGGACUGUGGGAAAAACACCAGCUGAAAUGAUUUGUCACUACUUGUUUUUUCUCUUUAUAUUUUAUACUGUACAUUUUAUUGUUAUUAUGUGUAUUACUGGCUGCAAUAUUUAUUAAGAAGAAUGAGUGAGAGGAUCAUUUUCUAAUGUGAGCUUUAAUAACACUGUGUGCUUAAAGAAAACUAAAGCCUAACUAAAGAAGUAACUAGAAAUGUCGUACAUUAUGUUUUGGCCUUCUGUACCAGCCCAGGGCAACCGUAGCCCUUUAGCAGUAAAUAUCUGGGUCUCCAAAGAUGCCCCAGUAGCUCCCCAUCUUCUUUUCUGCUGUUUCACUGUACAUGCUCUGUGCUGCUGUCAGUUACCUGAGCUUUGGGGCCAACUCAAAAUAUACUGUACACAUAGAAUAGAAAUGUCACAACAUAAGGCUGAUUAGUAGAUAAUUCAGAUUAUUAGUACAUGACAGCUCAGAAACCAGUGCAAUUAGAAUCUGAAUUAAACCAGCUGCCCUGUAGCAUCAGCUUAUAUGACAGACAAACCUCAUUUUCUGCUUGAUAAUUUGCCUUAGCUUAACUCAACAGCUGCUCAGAGCCCACUGAGCAUGUCAAUGUCACAGACACUUUCCAAGAUGGUGACCCCCUGUGACAAGUCCUGGAUCAUUGCUGCUACUGACAAGCUGAAAAUUUAGGCUGGUGCAAUAAGUUUAUUAUAUAAUAUGGCAUUUGAAGCCAUAUUAGGCUUCAGUUCUCUUCUAAAGGCAUGGUUCAUAUUUAAAGGGUAACUAUUGCGAAAAUGAUAAUUUAAUAUAAGCUUCCUCAUACUGAAGUAAGAAACUUUCUGAAUACAAUCAAUUAAACAUUUUGUACUGCUUCUGAAAUAAUCAAGUGUAUCUUCACUAUCCCUCUCUCAGCAUCUGUUUCUUUUCUUUCUGUCUGUCUUCAUGCGGCAGUUGGGUGUCAGGUGAAUGAUCCAAUAUAUAUUAUAGGGGGGCUUCCUUUCCUAGCAGAUGUAUUAGAGCUCACUCAAAUAACUGAUUCCAGAAAAACAAAAUCUAAAAAAAUAACUGCCUUUUGCACAAAUCCUGCAUGUAGAGAGACAUGAUGUCUGGUGAUUUUAAUAGAGUGAGCUCUAAUACAUCUACUAGGCAAAAGGAAGCCCCCCUAUAAGAUUUACUGGAUCAUUCAUCAGACACCCAACUCCUGAAUGAAGAAAUAAUGAAGAGAAACAGAUGCUGAGAGAGGAAUAGUGAAGAUAAACUUGAUUAUUUCAGAAACAGUACAGAAUUUUUAAUUGAUUAUAUUUAGAAAGUUUCUUAUUUCAGUAUGAUGAAGCUUAUAUUACAUUUAUUUUUUGUAAUAGUUCCCCUUAAAGUCAUCCUUUAGUAUAUUAUAGAAUGGCUAAUUCUAAGCAACUUUUGAAUUGGCCCUCACUUUUUCUUUUUUUAUAGCUUUUAAAUUAUUUGCGUUCAGAUUCUUUACCGCUUUCAAAUGGGGGUCACUGACUCCAUCUAAAAACAAAUCCUCUGUAAGGCUACAGAUGUAUUGUUAUUGCUAAUUUUUAGUACUUGCCUUUUAAUUAGCCCCUCCCCCAUUCAUAUUCCAGUCUCUUAUUGAAAUCAGUACAUAAUUGCUAGGGUAAUUUGGACCCUAGCAACCAGAUUGCUGAAACUGCAAAACCGGAGGGCUGCUAAAUAACUCAAAACCACAAAUAAUAAAACAUGAAAAUCAAUUGCAAAUUGUCUCAGAAUAUGACUUCGCCACGUCAUACUAAGAGUUAAUUUAAAGGUUAACAACCCCUUAAAUGGGAUAAAAAAAAAAAAAGCAUCAAAUUGAAGAAAUUUCCUCAAACAUUUAAUGAUGUAUAGAGUUUAAGAAAUAUGUGUUGGAUAAUGUGCCUUUUACUGUAUGCAAAUUAAGGCAAUCAGCAAUGAUUUGUUUUAAUUAAUGUACUUGAUGUAAAAAUGUUUUUUUUGCCAAGCACAACAUUUAUUCUUGCUGCAAUGGCAACACCUUGUGGAUAUUGUACAAACUACAACUGUCGGAACGCUUAUGAUUCCAGGAGAUAUAAAUAAAUGUAGCAGCAUCUCUUUGUGUGUAUGGGGGAGUCAUAUAGGAUUGUUCAGCAUAAGUGCACGUCACUGAGAAAGGUCCUUUAGAAUAACAAUUAGGUAAAUAUAGACUGUAAUGGGGAUUUUGCUGACAACAUUAAAGUGAAUCAUACAA